ACGUCUAGACUUGCGAAAAGUUCGAAGUAGAGGUUUUCUUUUAGCCAGUAAAACGUAAGUGUAGCCUUAACAGGUCAAAUGCAGGACAUACAGUCAGAUAUAAAUUUUAUAGUGUUGUCAUAACCGCUAAGCAACGAGCGAGAUGUACUGAUGGAUUCUAAUGACAAUAGCUCAGUAGGACUAGGAGAGAGGACAGUGGAAGAGGCCACUGGUCCAGAGGACAUACACGUGGCAUCUCAGGUCGAUGCACGAAAGCCUGCAGACAUGCCACAGAGCAGGCAGAGACCUCCCACCUUACCAUCACCAACUGAUUUGAACAGAAACAGAGUUGAGACAAACAAAGCUGAUACAUCGCACAGUCAGGUUGAGUCUACUGUAGUUGUCAACGUGUGUUCAGCUGAAGGUGUUGAUGUCAUGAAUAAAGAGGAAGAAGACAUUGUCUUGAUACCUCGUGAGCAGAUGGAGGAAGAGAAGCAAGACAACCCUGCUGUGAACAAGUUGAGUUCAAAUGGACAAAGCGGUGAGGAUCCACCUGAAGACAUAUCCAUCUUAGAAAGUGAAGAGGAAAAACACAGCCCGAUGCAAUUAGGUGAAGAUGACAUCAUCUUGGACCAGCUCAAGAUGGAUGAGGAACUUGCUAGACAGUUACAAGCAGAAGAUGAGGUUGACAGAGAGGCAGCCAGGAGAGUACAGGAGGAGGAGGAUGCCAGGCUGGCUGCUGAGCUCUGGAAACAGGUCAACCCUGACACACAGGAAGGAGAGGACGUCAUCAGUCUGUCAGCACCAGAUGAUGACAACAUUCUCCCUGUAACAGACAGUGAUGAUGAUGAUGAUUCUGUGAUUAUAACACAAGAGAUGCAGAUAAAACGUGAUGAGGAGAUGGCCAGGCAGCUAGAAAAACAGCUGGAGAGACGUGACCAAGACUCAGACAGUGAUGUACAGCUGGUGCAGGAGUUUGAGGAUUCCCAGCUGGCCAGAGAUCUCAGCCACCAGGAGGCAUCCAGUUUUUCCACUGUCACCAGUGAUGGGAGGCGCAUGUCUGCCCUGGAGAGGCUGAAGGUUCAAGUGGAGCUCGACAAGAGAGAGAAGCAGAAACAGAAAGCUAACUUUAAGAAAAAGUGCAGCAACCAAGUAGCGCAUGGUCGUCACCAGGUACAGCAGUUCCAGAGCACACCUGAGAGACGUGCAGCACUGCAGCAGGCACAGAGUGGUCUCAACCAGUGGAUGAAGUACAAAGCACCAUGGGAAAAAGGUCACAGGAAAAAGAACCUGAUGCCAAGACAGUCCCUGGAUGGCCCAAUCCCAUGCCCUGUCAUCAACUGUGCUGCCAGGUUUGCCACACCUUACAUGCUUACCGCCCACAUGGAGACGUUCUGCCACUCUCCGUGUAACCCCACCGUGACCCUACAGCUUAGUGAGAGGGAUGGGAUGGACAAGUUUGCCUGUGUUGUCUGUGGGAAGUGUUUCCUGGGCCGGGCUGCACACGACCAUCAUGUAGACAUGGCAAUGAAGGUCCCAAAGCUCAAGCAUAACUGGAGGCUCCCAGGUGUCCCUGUGCUGUGCUUUGCCUGCCCAGCCUGUGGUCUGUGCUUCGGCAGGUCAGAGGAGUGUCUGGCACAUAUCAUGGAGAGGAGACAUCAACACUAUCCACAUAUCCAGCCCAUUCCCCUCACAAGAAGCAUCUAUUUGCAACUGACUGCCAAGUGUGAGCAAGUCAGGUUCACUGUGAAGUGUGACGAGUGCCCUGCCUCAUUCACCCGACAUUCACAGAUCCAGCGCCACUAUGUAACCAUCGGAUGCAACGGCAGUCCAGUAGCUAUUGCUGGGAAGUCUAUCUUAGCAGUGUUAAAGGAGAUGGCACCGUUGUCUUACUGUGUGGAGUGCAAUGUCCCGUUCACUACGGUACAAGCCGCAUCAGUCCAUACACAGACUAUCCAUAGUGGAACUGGACGUUUACUAAAGCUACAGCAGGACAACAUGGCCGUGCUCUUUGUAACCCAGGGAUGGCAUGCAGAGACAACUGCCACUGGAAUGAAUCAAAAACAAACAUCGUGGCCAUGGCGAAGACUGACCAAGCCACUGAAUGCUAUUAGCAGAUCGGCAGCUGCAACAGCAACUGCAUCUUCCUCUUCCUCAGCUGUAUCAUCCCCUUCAGCUGCCAGUGCACCUUCUAGCAUUCCCAAUAACAUGCAGUCACAAGGCAGUCAGCUGGUCAGGUUCCCUUUUCCCCAAGUCUCUGUGUCUGGUGUGCUCAAAGCACCCAACUCAUACCGCAUGCGCAGGUCUGGGAUUCAAACCCCACCCAUGACACAGCUUCCAUUCAACCAAACUGUCAGGUUCCCUCUACUCCCAAGGCCGCCUGCUUCCACUGGACCUCUGCCCAACAGAACCUAUCUGGACAUGAGUGCCCCUGGCAUUAACCCUGAAGUUGGGAACCAUUAUCAUAUGGCAGGUAUUAACAAUGGAACCAAGAGAUGCAGAAGUGAAUCAGGGGGAGACAGAUCAUCAGUAGUGCCACCUGCAUAUUUGAAUAAGACAUUUCCUAUUGCUGCAAACAAGAAGAAGAAGAAGAAAGCAAAGCACCAACGGACAAGCUCACAGACCUAUGAAACAACACCACAAAUUAUUGACACCCCAGGCCCUUCUGCUAAGAAGGCAAAGCAUGAUAAUUUGCCAUGUAGUGCAGUACCAUUGGCACAGACAACUAUCUCAGGUACCAGCAGUAUUGCGAGUACAGGCUCAAGCAAUAGUGUUCCUCCUGACCCACCAGAAGACGUUCGACACGUCAUAUUUGUUGACUUUGACAACUGGGCUCGAUUCUUCAGCAGGUUACCCCAACCUCUGACUGACAAGACUUUUGUGUAUGGGUUCAAGGGUGGUAACAGCAUCUGGUGUCCCCCUCGUAACAACAGGGCAUAUGACACCAUCAUGAGCAAGAAGUGUUUCUACCUCCACCCGCAGUGCUCCAAUAGAAAAGAUGCAGCUGACUUUGCUAUUUGCGUGCACGCUGGGCGUUUGGAUGAACGCAUCCCCAAGUCUGUGCCGUUUACUGUGCUGUCGGGAGAUGGAGGCUUCCACGAACUGGCCAAUCAGCUGCAGCGCUCCAACCGCCGCACGCAUAUCGUCAGUCCGCAUCAUCAGGAUGCUGACAUUAUUCUUGCCACUCUAAACAGCAUUGGGGAGACUUAAAACAGUUGGAAACAAACCAUAGUAAGGUGAUUUCAUGCCUGUAUGCUUGCCCUUUUGAUGACUUGAUAAGAUAGACAUUAUAUUCUAUAAAGCAAUUCUGUUUGGUACACUUGGUUCUGUUACAUCAAUUCGUUAUCCUGAAAGUAGGGCAGAAUGUACAGUCUAAUAUGUGCAAAACUGUCAUGUUUUCAUCUUUUGUCAAACCUGGGCAUUUGAUACAUUUGGCUGUCAAGUUUGUUUGCCAUCACCAGGCUAAUAGCAAGUGCAUGUGCAUACUUAUAUGUACCUUGACUUAAGUUAAAUAGAAUUCAGAAGUAAACAUCUUCAUUCUUAUUUCUUUCACAUUGUAGCUGCAGAGAUUGUUCUUCGAUAUACUUAUUUAUGUCAUGAACCAUUUCCAUUUGCUACCCUGUAUUUGGAGUAUGGCUAACUACAUGUAGAGUGUAGUUAUUCUCAUUAUAAGUCUACACUCCUGUAGCAUAUACUGCUGAUUUGACUAGUAAGACUUAGGUAUUAUGUUCCUUAGACUAGUGUAUGUAUGAAAUAGUAUGUAACACACAGCAACUUGUUUAA